UCCCCUGAAACAUAAUCCGAUUAGUCUUUCAUUUUGUGUUUUCAUUUCCCGCCAUCUCAGCUAUUUUCUAUUUCUUCUCUAAAGAAUCUUCUCUUAAAAAUGUGGAAUAAUCAAGGAGGUUUCCAGGGAUAUGGUGAACAGUCACAAGGAGGGGGAGGAGGAUACAUGUCCCCAGGAUUUGGCACGCCGAAAGCAGGUCAAGAUAAGAAGUCUGGAUACAGAGCUCAAAAUCUGCUACCAGUGACUGUUGCUGAAGUAUUCAAUGCCAGUCAAGCUGAAGACAAAUUCUUCUCAGGAGAAAUAGAGAUUUCACAGAUUACUAUGGUUGGGUUAGUGACAUCAGUUAAAGAAUCUCCUACGAGAAUUGAUUAUGAAAUUGAUGAUAUGACUGGUCCCCCAAUCAGCGUCAAACAGUUUGUUGAUAAUGAUGAAUCCCUUCCAGACGGAGAGAGGGCACAACCAAUGAGAGAGAACACAUAUGUAAGAGUAUGUGGACAUGUACGGUCAAUGGGUGGACAAAGAACAAUAGCUGCUUUCAGAAUGUCACCCAUUAUGGAUAUGAAUGAACUAACAUACCACACAUUAGAAGUUGUACACAGUCAUCUUAUGUUGAAUAAAUUAUCGGGUGGAAGUGGAGGAGGAACAACUUAUGGAAACAGCAUGCAGACAAAUAGUGAACAGAACUUUGGUGAAAGCAAUGGUGGUGGGGGUGUGGUCAGUGGUUUAAGUUCUGUACAAAACCAGGUACACAUGUUAAUAAGGAGUAACAGUACAGAACAAGGAGCUAAUAUUAAUGAUGUUUGUCAACAAUUAAGAGGAGUACCUGAAAAAGCUAUUAGAGAUGCCAUUGAAUUUUUGAGUAGUGAAGGACAUAUAUACUCAACCAUUGACGAAGAUCACUAUAAGGCAACAGACAGCUGAUCAGAUUCUUAGAUAGCGUUUUACUUAAUUAUUAUACGACCUUUGAGAUCAGCAUAUGUGAAGAGAACAAUUUAUGAUGGUGUUCAUAGCUGGACUUCAGACACAGGAAAAAUAUAUGAUGUCAUGUUAUGUUGUAAAAUAUACAAAAUAUAUUAUUUUGGAUUAUGAGCCUCUAUGAAAAACUGAGAGUGAAUUUCAAAGUACAAAACAGUAUAAAUUAAUUUGAAAACAAGAAAAGAAAUGAACUGCACCAUUCCUUGAAUUCUUGAAUAAAUUUGUGAUUUUUUUGUGUCAGUAUAGAACAUGGGUAUAAAAGUCUUAUAUCUGAAAUUGUUUAGAAAAUAAAUUAUUAUCAGUC